UACCAUUCGAGAACUUUCCACUCCUGUGUCACCAUGUACCGGUAAAAGUCUUCAAAUGUCUAUGCCGAGUACACGACAAACUGCUAGCUCACGACCACCUGAUGGGGAAGCGAGCAACCGUGAAGGGUUUCCUGUCGUAAAUCACACGGAAGAUUUGUUUUAUGGAUUCUUUUUCCGAUUCUUUUUUAAAGGCAACGACAAGCUACACAAUUUACUGAGUCAAGGACAAUACGAGUUGCGGGUAGACAUGGCUGAUUUCGACAAUCAAACACGUUAUGUUAAACUUAGCAGUAUAUCUAUUGGAAACGAGGCUUCAAAGUAUAAGAUCACAUUAUCUGGUUUUUCCGGGAACGUCGGUGACUCCUUGACUUACAUUAACAACAUGAAAUUUUCAACAAAGGAUCAGGACAACGAUUUAAAUGGGGGAAGCUGUUCUGUGAGUUACAAGGGUGGAUGGUGGUACAGAAAUUGUCUUUAUACCAAUCCUAAUGGUUUGUACUUAGGAGGUCUCAACUCCAAGAACGCGCAGGGAAUAACAUACGGCGCGUGGUUAGGACAGUCGUACUCGCUGAGACAAAUUCAAUUGAUGGUCAGAAGGGUUGACUAG